AUGACCACUUCCAUUAGUCGCCAACCGUACGAGUACUCUGGUGUCGACAAAGAUGCCCGCGAGAUACGCGUCCUCGAUCUCUUCCCCAAAUUGACUAGCGAUGGCAUGAUCCAAGGUCGCCUACGAACAAUAACACUCAGCCCGGUAUCAGAUGACCACGUUCUGGACUACAGAGCUCUCUCAUAUGCAUGGGGCAAUCCUGAGCAAGACCAACAUCAAAUCGUGGUCGACGGAAAGCGCCUUGAGGUGCGGGCAAAUCUCCAUGACUUUCUCCAGGUUUACCGCAAGGAUAUAACGAAGUGGACCAGGCGAAUGAAGCACCGCACCUUGUGGAUCGACACAAUUUGUAUCAACCAGGCAAACGUCCAUGAGCGUAACCAUCAGGUGUGGAUGAUGAGUGACAUUUACAAGCGAGCAGAGGAAGUUGUGACAUGGCUUGGUAGGGGUAUCGAACUUGCCUCUGGCUGGGAUCUUCGCCUGUUCCGCCUCCUGGCGACAGUCCACAGCCCUUUGACAAUGCUAAAUCGAAGCAGCACGGAAUUGCUCUCGAGUAACACAUUCAUAAGGCGACUAUUCAGAAGCACCGCACUGAUGCAGCGCCUUGCACGACUUCCAUUGAACAGGAUGUGCGGGAGGUCCUAUCACCAUCUUCUGAAACGAUCAAUGCGCUCAGCGACCAUAGAGAGCGUACUUGCAGCGCCAUAUUUUGACCGUCGGUGGGUUUAUGGUGAGAUGCUGCUUGCAAGGAAGAAGACGAUAUAUGUUGGCACCAUUCGGAUAUCCUGGCCAAUUGUAAUGCUCCUAUGGGACUACGCUGAUAACGACGACUUAAACUACAUCGACGUCUUGGACAAGUUGACAUUGAGGGGUACAGCUCUAGAGACUGCGUUGAAUUACUAUCGCCGCACGCGAUGCCAAGAAACCCACGAUUACGUGUACGCCUUUCUCGGAUUCUGUAACAACGGCUCAUCCUUUCCUAUCAGCUAUGACUGCAGUCUCAUCGAGCUCCUGCUCGGAACAGCUUUGUUCUGCCUCUCUAACCCGCUAAAUCUCAGCGAUGGGAUGGCGUACCUAAUGUCACCGGACUUUUCGAAAGUGUUUGAACGUCUCGCGGAGUUGUGGAUGUUGCAUGAGCAGAUCGCGUGCGGCCCAAUGACUGAAGCUGUGAGCAUUGGCAGGCGUCUUGCCUGCUAUACAGCUCAGGACUGCUUCAGCCAUCCAAGUGAGACCGAUUUCCUGAUAGAUGGUUCACAUUUCAGUUCUGUGUCGCGGUACGAGUAUGUGAUGACUUACGAUCUCUUCUUCGACAUAACGGAGUCUGGUGCCAAUGUUGUGACCAGCUAUUUUGACCAAGUGCUUGCGGCUGCUGGGGCGACACACGUUGUUACUUGCCAUCGCGAUAAGUCGGUCACCAUGGUAUUGCUGUCACGAUGCGAGGGCCCCUGCUGCCAAAGUAGGUGCUUCAAAAUUCUGGGCCGACUUCACGGCAGGCGAGAGUACACAUCUCUCGCGAAACAGCCCCUAGAGCGCCCGGAUCACGCAAGUGAUGCCCACAAGUUCACGUGUGCUACAGAGAUAUACGGCCCAAAAGGUCUGCCGGGCAUUCACUUGAGACGGUCAAGUAACCACAUUGGAAAGCCCAAUCUUGUUGUGUCUGAAUUGAGGUCUGCUGUGAUCGUCUUCGGUCUACCGGGCUGGACUGGGUACCGGAACCUUCGUUUGUCAGCGCUGGAUAUCCUCUACGAUCCUAUGUCGUUUGCGAUUGAGCCAAUCAUGUUCGAAGAGGUUGAAUUCCGGGGUACUUUCGAGGGCUCAGGAGACUCGGACUCGGAUGACACAGGAGACUCAUCAUCGUCCAUGAAGCUAGUGUCGAUGGAGCGAACAUCAUUCUGGCAAAAAAAGGGGGUGCCACCUGGCUCCGAUCGCAGCACACUGGAGGAGGAAGAGUCUGACGAUCAAGUCUCGUUCAAGACAACGGAAUCCGCUUGCCUUAGCAAUCUUUAG